AUGCCGCGUGGUCGUGCUCGUCACCAAAUUUGGGCUAGCGACCAGCUUAGAGUCCUAGAAAAGCUCUACGAAGAAAGCUAUCGAUUCGUCAUCCAGAAAGUACCCUCCUCCUACAAUCGUCCUCGAGGACUGAAAGAUACCACCUGCCGCCACUCUGAUUGUCCGAACAAGGUCACGCCUCCUGGCUCAUACCGUGCGAGCUUCGAAAAGGUUGGAGACUGUGAUCCAGCGAGCAACGUCAUUGGCUAUGAGGCCAUCGAUUCUCUCAAAAAUGUCAGGAAAGCCGAGAAAGGCUCUCAAGGCAGACGUGGACUCGGUGCUAGCGGACAAGAAUGGUGGUGUUUGAAGUGCCUGGAGGCUCUCUUUGUUGAUCUUCGCCAGCACGUUUGGAAGCACAAGCCAGAUGGCUCAACACUCUACGUUCAUCCCCUUGCCUCUGUCCAGUACUGGAUCAUACCUGAAAGGCGGACAAUACCACAGUACGGCGGUAUUUACUACACUCUCCAAUCCUCACAAAUGCACCUCCUCGCAAAGUGGCAAGGAGUGAAGACCUUUGACGAACUCUAUGACCGCCCAGCCGAAGGCCAUUCGAUCUUCCAGAAGACCCGGCAGACGGACCAUUUACCCUGUAUUUGGGCCGUGAUGAAGAAUCUUUCUAUCUUGAUAUAG